CUCCGAAGCCCGAGCCCAUUUCACUUCUCUUCCCUAACCUUGAGAAAAUAACACUGUAGCACACAAAAGUAAACAACGCAGCUGGAAAAAAGAGGGCAAAACUGGAAACUGUCAUGUGUCUUCCACAUAAUCGAUUUAGCUAGACGCAAAAGCUACAAGGAGUAGCCUCGAAGACAUUUUCAGAAGAAAGAAUCGCGUUUUUAACUGUGUGCCAAACAUCAUCCCUAUCUCAUGAAAUCACGUUUUCAGGUGGUGAACGCACGUUGAUUGUAGCUCAACGCAUAAUUCAUUGAUUCUAUCUAGGGUUUCUUGAUUCGGAUUCCGAUUACGAAUUAGCUCUCUCUCUCAUUCUCGUUUUCCGCCAUUUGAUUCACAGUUAGGGUUUCUGAGAAUCUUGAUUCAUGCUGGAAUUCUAGUUUCUUUUUUUUUUUUUGGUGUGGAACUGGGGUGACACAACCAUCCCAGUUUAUCAUUCUCGCCCACAGAAAAAAAUAAGGUCAAUGAAUUGUUCCUGUGGGCUGAGUUUGCAAAAGUUGUUAUAAACUGGAGUUACCACAAUGUUGGGUGUGAAUUGUAGCAGUGGAAUUGAUAUCUUAAGCCCUAUUCUCUACUUAGCUGAAUGGCACCCUUUAGAAUUGCACCUUUGACUAGGGCUUGAAGCCCUCUUCCUCUGAAUUCAGAUUUACAAUUUUUUUUUUGCUUGGAAGAUUUUUCAAUGAACUUAAGGUCUAAGCUCAAGAUGUUAAAUAAGACUCUUUCUUUUGCGAAAGCUAUGUGGUGCUGUAACUGCUUUGGGUUUAUCAAGAGACGGAAUCCACAAAAGGUUAAGCCAGCCAUCAACAGUAACCUAUCUCAGGAGCUGUUGUUGGAGGACGAUUUUGAUGAUGAAGAUUCCUUCUGUAAUGAUGAGGUUAAUAACACCACAAGUGGAGAUGAUAGUGAGGUGCAAAGUCGUCCCAAGCGAUCGGAGGAUGUUUUGAUCUUUAGAGUUGAGAAUGACAUGAUUUGUAGGCAGUUUCCUGUGAAAGAGACUCACAGAGUUGUUCGCACUGAGGAUGAAAACGGAAACAAGAUGAUAAAUGAGUAUAUUCGUGAGUAUAAGAUUGGUUCUGGUAGCUAUGGGAAAGUGGCUCUUUAUCAAAGCUCCGUUGAUGGAAAACAUUAUGCAAUUAAGGCCUUUCAUAAGUCUCAUUUACUGAAGCUUCGAGUUGCACCAUCUGAAACUGCCAUGAGUGAUGUUCUACGUGAGGUUUUCAUCAUGAAAAUGCUGGAACAUCCCAAUAUAGUCAAUCUCAUUGAGGUGAUUGAUGACCCGGAGUCGGAUAACUUCUACAUGGUACUUGAAUAUGUGGAAAGCAAGUGGGUUUGUGAGGGUUCAGGUCCGGCUUGUGCCUUAGGUGAAGAGACUGCCAGGAGAUACUUGCGUGAUAUAGUUUCUGGAUUAACAUAUCUCCAUGCUCAUAAUAUAGUACAUGGGGAUAUCAAACCUGAUAAUCUGCUGGUUACUCGUGAUGGUACAGUAAAGAUAGGGGAUUUCAGUGUCAGCCAGGCUUUUGAGGAUGAUAAUGAUAUGCUUCGACGAUCACCUGGCACUCCUGUUUUCACUGCACCUGAAUGUAUUUUAGGUAUUACAUACAGUGGUAAAGCUGCUGAUACAUGGGCUGUAGGAGUUACUUUAUACUGUAUGAUACUGGGUGAAUACCCUUUUCUUGGUGACACACUUCAAGAUACAUAUGACAGAAUAGUCAAUAAUCCCAUAGUACUUCCAAAGGGUCUGAAUCCACGGUUGAAUACUUUAAUAGAAGGACUACUGUCCAAAGACCCCAAACAAAGGAUGACAUUAGGUGAUGUGGCGGCAGAUAGCUGGGUUAUUGGAGAUGACGGGCCAAUUCCUGAGUAUCUUUGUUGGUGCAAGAGGAAGAACUUGGAGAGGGAAGACAAUGAUGAGAGCAACAUGCUUCCUUGACCCAUACAUACUGACUGAAUUCAUUUUAUAGUAUACAUUUGUCUACGUACAUUGGAAACUCCAACCAGAUAUUAUUGUUUUUCUUAUUCGGGCUAUACGCCCGAAUGGUAUAAUUAUAGAGGUUGGCGAAGGAAUGUUAAAUUUUGAGAACAUAUGGCUCAUGUUUGUAGGAAUAAUUGUGUCAUUUUCUUUUGUUGUAAUAGUUUGAUGUCGGGAAAUAUAUGAGGUUUUGUACCCGGCUUCUUACCUGACUUACAGUCUCUUGCUUGUAGGUGUAGACACAAAGUGUUGUUUUGUUACAUAUACUUGUAACUAUUUACUACAAAGCUAUCAACAUUUACAUUGGUCAACAUUAUAUUUCCACUUCGUAUAAGAGCUUUUAUAGGCAUUUUUAGUUA